UCCUUCUCUCCCGCCAUCCUCCUUCCUCCCUCCAUCCGUCAAAGCUCUCUCUCUCUCUCUCAAUAUACAUAUAUAUUUAGGAUUGUGCCGACAGCCGCCACCGGACGGACAUUGCUCCGGCCGCUUUGCGUCGACAACCACCCCAUGACACGGCCACCACCACCCCCUCCCCCGCCGGGCGAGGCGGCGGUGGACUCCGACGGGACGGAGACGGAGUCCAGUGUGCACCGGUUCCCGGUCACCCUGCUGCAGCCAUCGCAACGGAAGCACCACCAAUCCAAACCCACCAGGUUCCUCCGCUCCUUCCGCUCCGCCUUCCGCUCCCUGCCCAUCCUCGCCCCGCCCGGCUGCCACCUCCCAGCUGCCGCUCCCCACCAAGGCUCCCGCCACCGCGACGGCCACGUCCGCGGCGCCACCCGCACCACCGGCACCCUCUUCGGCCACCGCAAGGCCCGCAUCACCCUCGCCUUCCAGGACAACCCCCGCAGCGUCCCCCACCUCCUCCUCGAGCUGGCCGUCCCCACCGCCAGGUUCAUGCAGGACAUGGGCUCCUCCGGCCUCAUCCGCGUCGCCCUCGAGUGCGAGAAGAAGGCCGCCGCCGGCGCCGGCAAGAGCCGCGUGCUGGACGAGCCCAUGUGGAGCGCCUUCGUCAACGGGCGCAACGUCGGCUACGCCGCCCGGCGGGACCCCACGGAACUGGACCUUGGCGUGAUGCAGCUGCUGCACGCGGUGUCCAUGGGCGCCGGCGUCCUGCCGGGGGACAUGACCGACCCGUCCGAUGGCGAGCUCACCUACAUGCGCGCCUUCUUCGACCGGGUGGUCGGGUCCAAGGACUCGGAGACGUUCUACAUGCUCAACCCCGACGGCAACGCCGGGCCGGAGCUCAGCAUCUUCUUCGUUAGGAUCUGAUACAAAUGUAAUCCCUAUUCAUCUUAGCUUCUUCUCAUGUAGAGAUCAAACACGAGAGAUUGUUAGGACAGAAGGCUUGGUAGAAAUAAGCUGAGCCGUUCACCUUCCAAGGUUGCCAUUGGCCAUAAAUGGCGGCAUGAAAAGGCAAGAGAGAGAGAGAGAGAGAGAGAGAGA